CCCCAAUUGACCUUGGAGUUUGUUUUUUUGUUAGUGUCAACACGUGCGACCCACGUGAAAACUCUCCCUUUCCAGCUUCGUGCUUUGUCUCUUCCUGCGUCUCUCACUCUCUCGUUUUCUCUGCCAAAAUCUUUUGACCAACGAUCCCUGUCUCAUCGGAAACAUCGAGUAUCUCUCUGCGGCGGAGUAGAAUUUAGAAAUGUGGAAGGAGGAAUCGUUGGAUUUAGUACUAGUGCCGGCGGGUCUCGCCGUGAUGGUCGGUUACCAUGUCUGGCUCGGCUACACCAUUAUCCACCGUCCCAAGCUCACCGCUAUCUCCCUCAACGCUGAAUCUCGACGACUAUGGGUCUUCGCUAUGAUGGACGAUCCGAUGAAAAACGGUGUAUUGGCAGUACAGACAAUCAGGAACAACAUAAUGGCAUCAACCGUUUUAGCCACAACAGCAAUCACUCUCUGUUCCAUCAUCGGCCUCUUCGUAAGCAGCACCUCCGCUUCGGAAUCCACAGCGUCGCCUAUGAUAUACGGCAACAAAAGCCCUCUCCUUGCAACCAUCAAGAACUUCUCAAUCCUCAUCUGUUUCCUCAUGGCCUUUCUCUGCAACGUCCAGUCCAUCAGGUACUACGCUCACGUUAGUUUCCUUGUCACUGUGCCCGUCUCCAGAGGGGAAAAAGAGCACUGCGAGUACGUGGCUAGGAACCUGAACCGAGCUCUCUACUUCUGGUUUCUCGGGUUGAGGGCUUUCUACUUCUCAUUCCCUCUAUUCCUGUGGAACUUUGGUCCCAUCCCCAUGUUUGUGUGCUGUUGUAUGAUGUCUUCGAUUUUGUAUUUCUUGGACACGACCACUUCUUUUACUAGGCGUCUUCAUAGCCAGUCGUUUAGAGAAACUGCUGAGUCGAUGGACGGUGAAAUCGAGUCAGUGGUUCAUGCUCUCUAGAUUCUUUGUGUGGGGGGUUGUUCGUUGAGUUUCAAGAGAGAUAUAUUUGCGGAGUGUUUCUGAAAUGUGAUUGUUUAUUUGCGUUUUCAUGUAACAAUGAUGAGAAGAUUAUCAUAUG